AUAACGGUUGUUACGGAUGGCAGCAAAGUCUAAAGUACAAAGUAGGAAACUACCGGACAAAACGGAAAGCCUUGGGAAGUCCUGAACUCCUGGUAAAUUCCAUAAACCAAAAGAACCAGUGUGACAGACAAUCUGCCAAAAAUGUCAAAAAACCAAGGAAAGCAGAAGUAAAUGAUCUCCCCCCACACCCAGUUGGAGAGACGGAAGACUCUCUUGAAGCUGCAAGACUUGCCCUCAUUGAAGCAAGCAAGAGAAAAGAUAACGCGAAGAGCAUUAACGAUAUGAUGUCCAAAACCUACAGCUGGAGGAGACAGGAACUGGUAGCCAAGUCCCCGCAGGUGGAAGACUUCAAAGAAAGAUGGCCUGCACUCUUCCAACCUUUCCAGAUAAAUGAGGAGUUCCAAAGAUGCACCGCGGUUCCACUUGAGUCAACAUUUAUGUUCCAGCUGGACAGGUACACGCCAAAGCUUCUGGAGCUGUUCAAUGCAAAGGGAGGAGCAGUUGGUCAGCGCAUUAAAGCAUUGUUGAAGGCACUGAUUCAGGACCCAUGUGCUACUGUCUGUAAAAAGAGAGAGGUGACCUUGAGAUGCCUCAUUGAAUAUAUGGGAGAACGUGGAGAGGAGCUAAUCUCUGAGCAUGAGGGAGAACCAGAGGUUGAAGUGCAACAGAGGCUCGUGAUGCACAGCAUGAAACUAUACGUUGCCCACGAGCCAGAUGCAGUUGGGAUCAUCAUCGAGGGCAUGCCAGUGUUGGCUGAUAUGGGCAAUGUUGCCAGAGCCUGCUGCCUCCUUCUUGGACUGACCUAUGCUCUAAAUCUGCAAUAUCCUGCAAAACUUGCCAAAACCUUUGAAGUCUUUCAGAGACUCUUCGUGGGACUGGACACCCUUCAGCCGAAGCCAUCUUCAAGGUGUCGUCAACUGGAAUAUCUUCACAGAGGGACACAAACAGGAAUUUCGGAAGGCCUACCAAAUUUCCAGGUGCUUUCAGUGCGACAACCUGUAUAA